AUGGAGACACAAAAUGACACACAAAUUUCAGAAUUUCUUCUUCAAGGAUUUACAGAGGACCUGGAAUUACAGUCCUUUGUGUUUGGUCUUUUCCUCUUCAUGUAUCUGAUAACUGUGCUUGGGAACCUGAUCAUCAUUCUGACCACAGUCUCAGACUCUCACCUGCACACACCCAUGUACUUCUUCCUCUCCAACCUGUCCUUUGUGGACAUCUGUUUCAUUUCAACUACCAUCCCAAAGAUGCUGAUGAACAUCCAGACACAGAGCAAGAUCAUAACUUAUGAAGGCUGCAUCACCCAAAUACAUUUCUUUUCAUUAUUUGCAAUGUUGGACAACUUACUCCUGACAGUGAUGGCCUAUGACCGGUUUGUGGCAAUCUGUCAUCCUCUGCACUACACAGUCAUCAUGAAGCCCCAGCUUUGUGGAUUCCUAUUUCUGGUGUCCUGGCUCAUGAGUACCCUGAAUUCCCUGUUACACAGCCUAAUGAUUUUGCAUCUGUCCUUCUGUGCACACACUGAAAUCCCCCACUUCUUCUGUGAACUUAAUCAGGUGGUCCACUGUGCCUGUUCUGACACAUUUCUUAAUGACAUCAUGAUAUAUGUCACAACUAUGCUGCUGGGUGUUGGGCCCCUUACUGCCAUCCUUUACUCUUACUCCAAGAUAGUUUCCUCCAUAUGGGCAAUCCCAUCAGCUCAGGGGAGAUAUAAAGCAUUUUCUACCUGUGCAUCUCACCUGUCAGUAGUCUCCCUAUUUUAUUUUUCAAUCCUAGGUGUGUACCUUAGUUCUGCUGUCAUCCAAAAUGCAAACUCUACAGCAACAGCUUCAGUGCUGUACACUGUUGUCACACCCAUGCUAAACCCCUUCAUCUACAGUCUGAGGAAUAAGGACAUAAAAAGUGCUAUGAAAAAACUAUUUCAGAAAGAAAUUAGAAAAGUACCCAUUGUCCUGGAAUUUAAAAAGUGCUGUUGA